CACUGCAACUGAGCGUUGAAGUCAUGGCUCGCACGAAGCAGACGGCGCGCAAGUCGACCGGCGGCAAGGCCCCGCGCAAGCAGCUGGCCACCAAGGCGGCCCGCAAGAGCGCGCCGGCCACGGGCGGCGUGAAGAAGCCGCACCGCUACCGGCCCGGCACGGUGGCCCUGCGCGAGAUCCGGCGCUACCAGAAGUCCACCGAGCUGCUGAUCCGCAAGCUGCCGUUCCAGCGGCUGGUGCGCGAGAUCGCGCAGGACUUCAAGACCGACCUGCGCUUCCAGAGCUCGGCCGUCAUGGCGCUGCAGGAGGCGUGCGAGGCCUACCUGGUGGGGCUCUUCGAGGACACCAACCUGUGCGCCAUCCACGCCAAGCGCGUCACCAUCAUGCCCAAGGACAUCCAGCUGGCGCGCCGCAUCCGCGGCGAGAGGGCCUGAGCCACACGGUCUCCCACUCCUUCCCAAAGGCUCUUUUCAGAGCCACCACGUGUGCUGAAAAGGUCUGUUUCCCUGCACGGAUGUGCCCCAUUUCUGGGCAUUUCACAGUUGUGGUUUCUAAGUAUCUACAAGAUAACCUUAUAGGUGUGCUUUCCUCCUUUGUCUUGAUAGGUGGCCUGGUUUUGUAUUUUACAUAGCUUUACCUGUUCUUGUCUGGCGUUGAUUUCAGAACAGUAAAGAACUUCGGCUUAGCAUACAGU